CACCCGUACCCGCACCCGCAGCAGCGGCAACAACAACAACAGCAGCAGCAACUAGAGCAACACCACAAAUAGCAGCAGCAACAGCAGCAGCAGUAGCCAUUACCACCACCAAUACCAACACAAGCACCAGUACUACCACUACAACAAAAACAGCAAUAAUAACUCAAACAAUUAUAACAACCGUACAAACCGUACCAGUAACGACAAUAUCAACAACCAUUUGUCAACCAUAUAUAGCAACAGCUGUUGUUACAACAACGGGAGCGACAACAACAACAGCAACGUUACAACAACGUACUACCACCAUUCAGCAACAGCAACACCAACAACAGCAGCAACCGCUGUUGUACACGUGCGCCACCGCUUCAUUGGCGGCAUCAUCCUCUUCAAUUAUUGCUCAACCGCCGCCAAGCAAGAUUUUUAAAACGGAUCAUUUGUGUGUGAACGCCUACAGUUUGCCCACCGCUGCUGUUGCUGCUGCUGCUGGGCAUCCUUGUGUCUAUUGUGUCAUUCCCGUAGUGGGAAGCUCUUCCACAGUACCACCUCGUACAGCAUUUCCGGGCGCUCCGCCUCCAGCUCCGGCGGUUGCAAUAAAAGGAGCUCCACGACCAGCUAUGACUAGUCCAGCAGCAGCAGGUGGCUUAGCAGGUGCUCCAUAUCGCGGUGCUAGUUGGACACCACAAGGAUACGCUCCAGCUGCAGCAGCUGCUGCAGCCGCUGCAGCCCAACAAGCAUACAGAUAUACAGCACCAUUACCGCAACCAGCAUAUGCUGCUUAUACACCACAUACAGCUACAACUCCAGCAACAACAACGGGAAGCUCUUCCACAGUACCACCUCGUACAGCAUUUCCGGGCGCUCCGCCACCAGCUCCGGCGGUUGCAAUAAAAGGAGCUCCACGACCAGCUAUGACUAGUCCAGCAGCAGCAGGUGGCUUAGCAGGUGCUCCAUAUCGCGGUGCUAGUUGGACACCACAAGGAUACGCUCCAGCUGCAGCAGCUGCUGCAGCCGCUGCAGCCCAACAAGCAUACAGAUAUACAGCACCAUUACCGCAACCAGCAUAUGCUGCUUAUACACCACAUACAGCUACAACUCCAGCAACAACAACGUACGGACAAAGAGUUCCCACAGCGGCUUCACCAAGUAACACAAAUUCAAGCAGCUCAUCAAAUACUGGCUCCCAGAGUGGCACAUUAAGCACUAGUCUGAGUAAUACCAACACAAAUACAACAAUGGGUCCUACAGGUAAUAACGGUACACAGCAACAGGGUGAACAAUUGUCAAAAACAAAUUUAUACAUUAGAGGAUUACAGCAAGGCACAACAGAUAAGGAUUUAGUUAGCAUGUGCGCACAAUAUGGAACAAUAAUUUCAACCAAGGCUAUUUUAGAUAAAACAACAAACAAAUGUAAAGGCUACGGUUUUGUUGAUUUCGAAUUACCAGCAUAUGCAGAAGGAGCUGUCAAGGGUCUACAGGCAAAGGGCGUUCAAGCUCAGAUGGCCAAAGUGGGUAUCUGGGUGCUUCAUAGGCCGGCCAUUCAACAGGAGCAGGACCCAACAAAUUUGUAUAUAGCAAAUUUGCCUACACAUUUCAAGGAGACCGACUUAGAGAAUAUGUUAUCCAAAUAUGGGCAGGUUGUGUCUACCCGAAUUUUACGCGAUCAACAAUUGAAUUCUAAAGGCGUUGGUUUUGCACGCAUGGAAAGUCGUGAGAAAUGUGAACAGAUUAUACAAAUUUUCAAUGGGAACACAAUACAGGGUGCCAAAGAUCCACUACUAGUUAAAUUUGCUGAUGGUGGUCCCAAAAAAAAGAAUCUCUUUAAAACUCCCGAUCCCAAUGCUAGAGCGUGGCGUGAUGGUUCUGAAGGUAUACCAGUUACCUAUGAUCCGGCAAUGCAACAAAAUGGUGUUAGUGUUAAUGUUGGCACUCCAAUUAGUGUGCCAUAUUCGCGUUUCCCACCACCAGUUGGUGGUUAUCCAAUGGCUGGUUCUCAAUGGAUACAAGGUUAUAUGAUGCCACAACCUAUUGCUCAGGAAGAUCAUUACAUGCAAAUGGCUGCUGCACCACAACUUGGCGUUGCUUCCUAUAAACCUGAUGCUGUGAAUCAGGUACAACCUCGUGGUAUAUCAAUGAUGGUUAGUGGAGAAACAGCUGUACCAUAUGGAGCAAUGGUGCCACAAUUGGCCACAUUACAAAUUGGCAGCUCGAACUUUUCUCCAUCAUUACAGUAUAUUAGUCCAACUUAUCCAUACUAUGCACCUCCAACAAUUUUUCCAACAAUGCCAAUGACAGAUUCUGAACAAGCUAGCACAGCUGCAUCACCCGAUGAGGCAUAUACACAGUAUCCGCAUCCAGCUGCCCCUAAAUAGGUUUUCGCGAGAUGUAAUUUCAUAUUACCACACUUAACAUUGUAACGCGAUAAUAUCUGAACUGGAUUCGGAUUAUAAACAUUAAUUUUCUUUAAAAUUAAACAAGCAAGGAAACAAGAAAAAACCAUCAAAGAUGAAAAAGCAAAUUUACAACUACAAAACUGUAGUUAAAAAUAUUUUUAAUAACACAAUUUUUUUUUAAUGAUUAUCUGUUUAAGUGACGAAGAUGAAAAUAAGACUAAAAUUUAAAUAAAAAUAAUAUUUAACAAAAAGUAAUUUACAAACAAUUAAAGAGAAGC